AUGGUUCGUCGGAUUUUUGCAGCCGGUGAUAUUGCCAAGAUCUACCAACUUAUAAAAAAAGCCGGAGUCUUACUUGGAGCAGACCUGCCUGAUGGGUUGUUGGGCCCAGCUGCUGAUAUGUAUCAACUGAAAUGGAGUCGCCGCUUGGAGCAGGUUAGUUACGAGUACAUGGAAACAGUGAAGGACAAGCCCAAGGAUCCUAGAAAUUCAAUACAUUACAAGAAUUACAUUGGGUUCUUCUGGAUUGGAAAUAUUCUUAAUUUAUUGAAAGAUGCACUAGAAAUCAUCCCUUUUGGUAAAGUAAAAGACGCUAUUAAGUCAAUCUUAGAAUACGUAGAAGUAAUUGUCAUACUUGUUUGGAUGUUAAUCACAAUACCAAAAAAAGAAAUUAAAGAAGGAGAUAACUUCGGACCAGCCGAAGCAAUUUUCGCUGAACGAUAUGAGAUCGGGUGCUGGUCUGAUCCGUGGUUUUCUGUUUGUUUCUUGGAUCGAAUUCCAUUUCGUAAGCGUCCAUUCAAACUGGGGCCUGCGUGCACUCUUUGCUCUACUCAUUGUGAAUUUUGGCAACAAAUGGAUAAAACUAUAGAGGAAGGAGAUUUGUGUGUGCCACCACAGCCUCAUCAGGAGAAAAUGUUAGAAGUUGUUACGGAGGCUGCCAAAAACUCAGCAAUCAUGAGUAAUAUGGGUCGUGUAUGGAUAUUUUUAUUGAUUCUUAUUCUAGUUUUGAGUAUUCGAAAAUGA